AUGAAGUCUAAAUUUGAAGCGGCCGAUAAGGAGCAUAAAGAGGCAGAGUUGAGGCUUUGCCAUUUUGUCCAGCAUCGGGAGCUGAUCCAGCAGCAAGCUGAUAAGGUGCCUGUCCUUCGGCUGAAGCUUCGGGAAAAGGAUGACUAUAUUCGGAAGUUGGAGCAGGAGCGAGUCGACCUCUACACUGCUGAUCAGUGUGAGGAUUGCUGCAGCUGGAGUAGGGUUAAGUGUAAUCCUACUACCGGCCACGUCUCCGAACUCCGUCUCCAUGCAAAUUACAUAGAGCGCGAUGAUUACGCUGGCAACGAUAACUUGUUUGAAGCUAGAAAGAUGGAGUCGUCUUUGGUAUAUUUGUUAGAGUUGAAACAUCUUGAGUAUCUUGAUGUAAGCGCCAACUACUUCAAUUUUAGCAAGAUCCCACAAUUCAUAGGUUCAAUGAACCAACUUAGGUAUCUCAACCUCUCAUAUUGUUCCUUUUCUGGAAAAGUUCCUAACGAGCUUGGUAAUCUCACUAACUUGCAAGUCCUCGAUCUAAAAUCAUACGAAACCAACUUAUUUACAGAUAGUUUGAAAUGGGCUUCGAAUCUUCGGCAAUUGCGUCACCUAAAUUUAAGAGGUACGGAUUUAAGUCAGGUCAAUAACUGGUUAGAUUCACUUAUUGGGCCACUUCCUUUUUUAAGAUUCUUGGAUUUGUCUAACUGUAGCCUAGUAAGCCGUCAUCACUUGAAGAAUUCAUCAAGUGCUUCACAUCCACCAUCUAUCCGUAUAUUAGAUCUCAGUUAUAAUAAUUUGGAGGGAGAAAUUCCAUCUUUUAUACAAAACUUGACCUCCCUUGAAUCCCUUGACCUUUUUAGAACUAAUUUUGGACCGGAAAUCCCACUUUGGCUGGGUGAACUUAAAGGCCUUGUACACUUGGGCUUAGGAGAAGCUGCUUUCACUAGUGUUGAAGGAGGAGAUUUUUGGAACCUUGUACGCAAUCUACAUAACUUGACAUAUCUGGAUAUUAAUAAAACCUUCCUAAGUCUUAAGAUAUCUUCUGAUUGGGUGCCUCCCUUCCAACUUCAAUUAUUCACUGCCAGCACCUGCAUGAUCAAUGGUCCAUUCCCUCUGUGGCUCAAAACACAAAAGAGUCUGACUUAUUUGAGAUUGUCUGAUGCUGGAAUUCAUGGUGCAUUGCCAAAAUGGUUCCAUAAGAUGCAAUCACUUACUUUCGUGGAUCUUUCUGACAACCAAAUUACUGGAUGUCCGACCUUUCCCGGAAACUUUGUAAGUUUGUAUCUCUAUAAUAAUUCAUUAUCUUGCCAAUAUCUGACUAAUACGAGAGGUAGAAAUACGGUCAAUUAUCAUGCUGAUAUAAUAAAUCUCUCUAAUAAUUUUAUUUCAGGGCAAUUUCUUGAAUAUUUAUAUCAUGAAAUGCCUAAUCUGGGUACACUCAUCCUAUCUAAUAACAAGAUAAAUGGUUCAAUCCCAAAUUCUAUGUGUCAUUUUACAUCCUUGCAUCUUCUAGACCUUCAAAGGAAUAGGAUAUCAGGGACAAUACCACAUUGUUUACGUGACCUUUACAACCUUCACUUUGUAAGUCUUUCAUUCAACAAGCUCUCAGGAGAUAUUCCUUGCUUCAAUAGUAACCUUUCAUAUCUGCACUUAAAUGACAAUAUGUUGAGUGGACAGGUCCCUUCUUGCUUAGCUAACCUCUCAGGUCUGGAUAUUUUGGAUGUUGGCGAAAAUAAUCUCUCAGGUGAGAUACCAACAUUCAUUACUGGAAUAAAUAUUCCAGGCUUGCGAAUACUUCGGCUGAGAAAUAAUAAACUCAAAGGUUUUAUCCCUGGACAGUUGUGCUCAUUGUCUAGGCUUCAAGUCUUAGACCUUGGCCAUAAUUAUUUAACUGGAAGCAUUCCUUCCUGUCUGAGCAACCUCACAGAGAUGAAUUCGCGUAAUGAGUCUAUAAAUUAUCUUCUUGACUUUAGUGACAAGAACAAUGUCAAUGAGGUUAUCAAAGGAAUUGAGUGUGAAUAUACAAGCACCUUGGGGUACAUGGUGAACAUAGACCUUUCAUGCAACAAACUAAUUGGUAGCAUUCCCGAGGAGAUCACAAAUCUCUCUUCUCUGCUUGGUCUCAACUUAUCAUACAAUCAAUUAUCAGGACAUAUCCCUGCGAGUAUAGGUGGUUUGCAAUCCUUGGAAUCUCUCGAUUUAUCAAGGAAUAAACUCCAGGGCACAAUCCCGACAAGCAUGGGUGUAAUAUAUCCGUUGGGAUUCCUUGACUUAUCAUACAACAAUCUUUCUGGUCCAAUCCCAACUGGAAGGCAGUUGCAAACAUUCACCAACUCUUCGUACAUAGAUAAUCCACAUCUUUGUGGAUACCCACUUUCCAAGAAAUGCCAAAGCAAUAAUGACUCACCAAAUGGUUCAUCGGGAGACCAAAAUAACGAAGAUGAAGAAAGUGAGGACAAGCAUGAGACAAUGUGGUUCUACCUGGUUGUGAUGUCAGGAUUUGCUACCGGGUUUUGGUGUGUUGUUGGAACUUUACUGCUGAAAAAGAGUUGGAGGUAUACUUUCUUUAGGCGUGUUGAAGAUGCACAAGACUGGUUGUAUGUGGCUAUUGUUGUCAGGAUGGCCAAGCUCAAGAAUAAAUAA